GCGAGGUGCGCGGAGAGCGCGAGCGAGAAGAGAGCGCGCUGGGCAGCCGGGCGUGCGCUCCGCUCGGCUCUACAGGCUUGCCUCGCGCAGCCCAAGCCCCAACCGGCUGGGCGCUCUCCGCGAGAACCGGUUCUGCCGCCCGGGGACCCGAGGAACCGUGGGAUCGGGCAUUCGGAGAAAGCCGGGAAAGCGCGGAGCCCGGAGGGAAGCUGCAACCCACUGUGAGUGCGAGCGCCGAGCGCGCCAGGCUGGCACGGACCGGGUCGGCGCUCCCCGGCUCGACGGCGCGCCCCCUCGGCCUCUCACACCCACCCCUCCGGCUCCCUCUAUUCUGUCCCUGCCUGAGUCGCACCCACUCUCGCCCCAGCUUCUAGCCGCGGACCCCGGGAAGCGCAGCAGCACCCCGCCCCGCGCGUCCGACAUGCGUCUCAACAGCUCGGCGGCUCCCGGUCCCUGGGUCGGCCUGACCGGCGACCCGUUCACGCAGCCGCCGUCGGUGCUGGAGGGGGCGCUCCUGGCUCCCGGCUUGGGCAAUGGCUCUGGCAACCUGUCGGAGCCCGUACCAGCGGCGCCCAGCAGCGACCUGGAUGUGAACACGGACAUUUACUCCAAGGUGCUGGUGACCAUCGUGUACCUGGCGCUCUUCGUGGUGGGCACGGUGGGCAACUCCGUGACUGCGUUCACGCUGGCGCGCAAGAAGUCGCUGCAGAACCUGCAGAGCACGGUGCACUACCACCUGGGCAGUCUGGCACUGUCCGACCUGCUCAUCCUGCUGCUGGCCAUGCCUGUGGAGUUGUACAACUUCAUCUGGGUGCACCACCCCUGGGCCUUCGGUGACGCCGUGUGCCGCGGCUACUACUUCCUACGCGACGCCUGCACCUACGCCACUGCCCUCAACGUGGCCAGCCUGAGCGUGGAACGCUACCUGGCCAUCUGCCACCCCUUCAAGGCCAAGACCCUCAUGUCCCGCAGCCGCACCAAGAAGUUCAUCAGCGCCGUCUGGCUGGCCUCCGGCCUCCUGGCCGUGCCUAUGCUCUUCACCAUGGGCCAGCAGAACCGCAGCGCCGACGGCCAGCACCCCGGCGGCCUGGUGUGCACACCCAUUGUGGGCACCGCCACAGUCAAGGCCGUCAUCCAGAUCAACACCUUCAUGUCCUUCGUGUUCCCCAUGGUUCUCAUCUCCAUCCUGAACACCGUCAUUGCCAACAAGCUGACCGUGAUGGUCCGCCAAGCCGCUGAGCCGGGCCAGGUGUGCACCAUCGGGGACCAGCACAGCUCCUUCAACAUGUCCAUCGAGCCCGGCCGAGUCCAGGCCCUGCGCCACGGCGUCCGGGUCUUACGGGCCGUGGUCAUCGCCUUCGUGGUCUGCUGGCUGCCCUACCACGUGCGACGCCUCAUGUUCUGCUACAUUUCGGACAAACAGUGGACCCCGUUCCUCUAUGACUUCUACCACUACUUCUACAUGCUGACCAACGCCCUCUUCUACGUCAGCUCCACCAUCAACCCCAUCCUCUACAACCUCGUCUCCGCCAACUUCCGCCAGAUCUUCCUGUCCACCCUGGUCUGUCUCUGUCCCCUGGCGGGGCGCAGGAGGAGGGGGCCAGCCUUCUCAAGGAAGGCCAACAGCGUGUCCAGCAACCACACCUUCUCCAGCAACGUCACCCGGGAGACAUUGUACUAGCACCAGGCAGGCUGGGAGGGAGCUGGGAGGGGACCAGGAUGGGGUCACUCAGCCUCCAUCCCCAUCCACCCAGCACCUGGGAGCUAGAGGGAGUCAUUCCAGGGCCUGCUCCCUGGUAUCCAAGGUCCAGGACCUGGCACCCAUAUCCCAGAGGCCCAUUUCUUUUCAGCUUCUCCUCUCUCCCCACCACCCACCUCCUCUCCUCUUGGAAAGCAAGAGAGAUUGCUCUCCUCCCAGAUCCAAAAAUGGCCUUUAAUGAGGAGAAAUUCAUGUUGGGUGAUAGGCAGUCUUCUUUGUUCUCAAACUAAUGGAUGUUUAGGGAGAAAAAAAUGAAAGGGGCAGAUCAAGGCAGGCCAUUGGGCAGCCCAGUUGACAUUGGAGGGCAAUGACCCCAAGAGCUGGCGCUGAGAAGAGCCCAGCCGGCAGGACCACCACUGGCCUGGUACCGCUGAGGGCCUCUGUCACACCUCCAGUCAGCUCAAGACCAAGUCAGCCCCUUGUGCAGCAAACAUUCAACACCCCCUCCAAGGUGGUGUCACAGGAAGCUUUGAUGCCACCAGAGGGCUGAGGUCAGCCUGCUAUCGCCCAGCCCUGGGCCUCUCCCUCCUCGCCUAUCCUCCCCUGGCCAAGGUGGCAAAGCCCUGCAGGGACACCUCGGGCAACUCGGCCUCCCAGUUCUCCAUCCUGGCUCUGCGGAAGCAAGACCAGGGCCAUGGGAUCCUGGCGGCCCAGGCCAGGACAGGGGCAUCCCCAUGCACCCUCAUUUCUGCUGUCCAGUUGAGUUCCUGCAGCCUGGCUCCGAGUUGCUUCAGGGUGGACACCCGAGGUGGAGGAGGGUCGGCCAGGUCUCCAAGAGAUGCCAGCCCUGGGGCCGCAGGUGAGGAGGAAGAGCCACGGGUACAGGCUGCCUGCUGGCCAGCAGCCAGGCAGAGACUGAGACUCGUCCAUCAUGCAGGAAGACGGGCCUGGCCCAGCUCAGAUGCCCAGGAGGGCAGGCGCCUCCUUGGUCUCUGGGAGCCAGUCCCAGACAGGACAGCCCAGCCCCAGGAAAGCGCCCUGAGCCAGAGGAAGGCAGCCCCAGGAGAGUUGCUCUGGACCAGCUGGACUAUGAGUGGCCAAGAGACCAGAAGUGAAACAUAGACCUUUUAAAGCAAGUCCUCCCUGGGCCUGGAAUACAUUGGCCCAGAAGGGAGACAGUCAGACCGAUGGUCAGACAGGCAGACGACCACGUGGGUGGCACUGACUCGGGAUCUGAGAGUCACUCCUGGUCUGGUCUCAGCCUCUGUCCACAGAAACAGCAAGUUAGAUGCUGCAGUGUCCACGGGCAUGUCAGAUCUGCGCUCUGCUAUGGAUCAGGGGUCACGUGACCCUCCCCCAAGCUGUUCAGCAAGAACCAGGCCAGGAGAGUCAGCCCACAGCUGGUCCGCAUGCCAGGCAGCCAUGCCGUGACACAGUGGCCAUGGGCGCAGAGGACAAGGCCAGCCCAGAACUCCCACACGGGCGCCUGUCUGGACAGGGAUGGGGAGCCCCCCGCCCUGCUCAGUGAGUGGGCAUCAGAGUUCAGCAAAGACUGAGUCUGGUCCCAGGUGCUGGCUUCAGGCGGAGGACCUGGACUCUUUCUGACAGACCCUCAGACCCUUCUGGCCUCCUUGGACCAUGCGCACACUGCAAUUCCCCAAGCCCCGGUUUCCCUGCCUGAGGAGUGGACGUGGUGACUCCACCCCCUCAGCCAGAGCUGGACGUGAUGGCUCUGGAGGACCCAGCCUGGAUGAUGGGAGGACGGUUCCCUGAGGUAGGGGCAGAGAGGACAUGGAAUGAGAUGAGACACCCGCCACCCAGACCCUCCUGGGGGCACACCUUACUGUCUGCCCACUUCACGUCAGUGGGGACCCGGGUCUGUGUGCUGUCAGACACCCUCCUGAACCACCCUAGCUGCUGGUCAGGUCACCGUGGAAUGCCAGAGGCCGGCUCUGUGUGCUGUCCGUGUCCCGUCUCAGGGCCCAGUGCCCGUGAGCCUGGUCACCAGUGAUGGCGAAACCCCAUGGUGUGCACUGCCCAACCACCCUAAUG